AUGGAUAAGGCAAAGCAAGCCGUCUCUAGCUUCCUCUCCAACGAUGGAAAGCACAAGACCACUGUCGACGAGGAUGUCCGGCCUCAUGUUGUCGAGGAGCAUGUCCGCCCCCACCGACAUGAGAACGUGACUACUGCUCUCGAUAAGGAGGUUCACCAGGAGCACCAUCACACAACUAUUCAGCCCAUCGCUCACAAGGAGACUCUCGCUGAGCAACACCACCACAACCUCAUCCCCGUCGAGCACAAGACUUUCCAUCAUGGAAACGAGCAAGAUACCCGUGCUACUCUUGACCGAGAGGCUGCCAAGUUCAGAGACACUAGCGAGACUCACAGCACUACCCACUCUUCCACUACUGCUCCUGUUGUAACUGGCGAGCGUAUUCAUCACCAUGUUCACGAACAUGUUCAGCCUGUCAUCCAGAAGGAGACCAUUCAGCCUCAUGUCGUCCACACCACCAUUCCUAUUCAUGAGACUCACCAUGCUGCUGCUGUGCACCAUGGAACUUCCGUCCUUCCCACCAAGACCUUGGAUGAGUUCACCACUGAACGAGGUGGUCUUGCUCAGAAGGCUGCUCAGAAGUUGACUGAGUUUGAAGGUUGCCCUAAGCCCUACAGGAAGGAACUGCAGAGGGAGCAGCUCGAUGCCGACAAGAGCAUGCACUUGCACGGUCACGAGGGAGCUGGUCUUGGCCAGACUGGUGAGGGAUCCGGUCUUUACUCUGGCCGGGAGGGUCAUGGAAUGAGCCGUACCACUGAGGGCGUCCUUGGUGGCGCUGCUGUUGGCGCUGCUGGCACUGCCGCUACUCGCAAGAGCCGCCAUGGUCUUGGCCACAAGGACCGCCGUGGUUCUAGCUCUAGCUCUUCCAGCUCCAGUGAUGAGGAGUCUCGCGGUCUUGGCAAGUCUCACAAGAGCCGUGGCCUUGGAGCUGCCACUGCCGGAGGUGCUACCGCUGGAGCUGCUACUGGUGGCCUUGCUUCUCGCCCCAAGACCACUGGCACUUCCACUGGUGUCGGUCUAGGCACUACAGGAAUUGGUGCUGGCACUGGUUUCGGUUCUACCACCGCAGGCACUGACUAUAGUCAGACUAAGACUGGUGCUCUCAGCAACGACCCUAUGAACAGGUCUCAUGCUCGACCUGAUUCUGGUGUCGAUAUGCACAACACCUCCAGCGCUGGCACCACCACCACUGCUCGCAAGCCCUCGCUGAUUGACCGAUUGAACCCUCUCAAGGAUGCUGAUGGUGAUGGCAAGAAGGGUUUCCUCGACUAA